AUGAGGGAAAUGCAUGCGGCCAGGAAUAUAUCGUCGAUAUCCGUGCCUCCGGCGGUCGAGGCGACCGUCUCUACCGAAGGGCAUGUGUCGCUCGGGCUGUCAUACUUCCUCACGGUGUUCUCUACUCUGAUGGUAAUUCUACGGUUUUGGUCACGGAAAUUAAGCCGCUUUGGUAUUGGCUUGGACGACUGGCUUGCUCUGGCUACGCUUGUCUUGUUAUACUUUGUCCUGGCACUCAGCGUGGUGUUAGUCUACGAAGGUGGUGUAGGAAAACCCAUGUCUCAGGCUGUGAGAGAGCAGCCAAUGGCUCCCGUCACAUCCUUAAAGCUUUUAUAUGCGCUUGAGUGGGCGUACCUUUUCGCGUCUCCGAUAAUGAAGCUAUCGGUGCUUUCGUAUUACUGGAGAAUAUUUCCGACAAAAACCAUGAAGAAGUACAUCUGGAUAUUAACAGCUGUAUGUGGGAUCUGGUUCAUCGGCGUCCUGAUCGGCAAUCUGGUCGAGUGCCAGCCGAUCUCUUUCUUCUGGAACAAGUUGUCAGCACCUGGCACUGGUGUCUGCCAUUUCAGAGUCGAGGUUUACUUGAUUAUCGUUGCAGCACCGAAUAUCAUCAUCGACACAUUGACUGUGAUCCUUCCAGUGUACGAAGUUUGGCACCUUCAGCUGGAGCGAUGGAAAAGAAUCGCAGUCUCGGGUAUCUUUGUGGUUGGAGGAAUGGUUGUCAUCGCGAGUAUCGUUCGCUUGAUACUACUGGUUGCUUUUUACUUCAAGCAUAGUGUCGACCUGACCAACAAUUUAUUGCUACCUUGGUUUGUGACGGUUGCGGAGAUCGGUGUGGGCAUCGUCGGCGCAUGCCUGCCAUGCCUUAUGCCCCUUUACCGUCGGUUCUGGCAUGAUGCAUCAGGAAGCAAGCGUUCUGGCUACGGGGCCCAGUCGUCUCUGAGGUCUCACGUUCAUGGACGGACUACCAUCAUCGCCGGCCAUUCUGGUGGCAAGACAUCUGUCGCUGGACCAGAUACUGCCGGACAUCCAUUCGAGAGACUGUCUACGCGGGGUAACACACCCGAAGAUGAUGUUCAAGUUCCCUUGCACGGUAUACACAUCCGACACGAAGUAACCAUUCAACGCUCGACGAUGACUUGGUACGAUGAGGGCAAAAUGUGA